AUGUACUCUUUCUGUCUCGGCUGGCUUUGGCUAGUCUUAAGUAGUAUAAUAAAAACUGCAUCUCGUCAUCAUUCGCCGGAAAAACUUGAACAAACAAAAGUCCGGCGGUUACUGAUUCCAGUAGUCAACCUGAUUCAUCGUCUCGUUUUUACAGCAGCUCAGAUUGCAGAUGAGAAGAGAGCUGGUGGAAUAAAUUCCACUAGCUCUCUCUAA